AUGGUGAAUUAUUUGGAGCGUGCUCGAGCAUUAGCUGAAUACUCACCUUUACCAUAUACCAAUAUAGCAUCAUCACAACAAUGUAAACCUAAGAAAAUUUCAAAGGUUAACUUUAUUGUUAAUCCGCAACGAGAAAGUACAAUUGGAUAUGAACGAGUAGAAGAUGUUAUUCAAGAAGACAAUAAUUGCAUGAAACAUAAAGUUAAAUUCAUCAAUGCAUCGGCGCAAUUGUCGCAAAUUCGUUGCUGUUGCAAUCUUAUGCAUACUGUGGUAGGUAUUUUCCUUUUCUGUCACUAG